AUGACGACUAGUUCCAUACCCCCAAAAUCCACUUUGACAAAUGUUCAUCAAUGCGAUGAAAAUAAAUCUUUGAGCUCAAGGAUUUCCAAAGAACCACAAAGUAACUUACGGGAACAAAGUAUUCAGAGAGAUAAACGGCGAUCUACUUGCAACAGAGGUGCAAAACACUGGAAAAUGAUCAUAAUAAUUUUGAUACCAGUGUUAUCUCUGACUUCUCUGGCAACUUACAGUCUUUUGAAAGCAGCAAAGGUUAAAAAAGCUUCAGUUGAUUCCAUUCAAAAGGUCAAAGUUGCACAUUUGUAUGCAAACCUGAUCCAAAUGCUGCAGAGAGAAAGAGGGAUCUCUUCAACAUAUCUCAGCACCUCCUCGAACAGGAAUGUACUGCUGGACAUUAUGCUGAAAGCCAGAACGAAUUCAGAUCAAGCCUUUGCACAAAUACCGUCAAAUCACGAUGCCAUUUACAUCCAGGGGAUUCCACACACAAUCUUUGAAGUUCAAAAGAGAAUUCUUUUAUCAAGAGCGAAGAUUGAAAAUGGGUCUUUCUCAGUUGAAGAUCAUCUAACUUUCUACACCCAGAUAAACACUGGGUUGAUGAAUAUCAUGUUCAAUGAUGUUUCCAUACCAGGGGAGUACAGCUGCAUUCUAGACGUUGUAGCAUUUUCAUCACUAGUAAGAUGGACAGAUGUUAUUGGUUUGUUGCGAGCUAGAAUAGCAUUCCAAUAUGCGACUUGUGAAUUUACUUCAGAGACCUUACAGAAUUAUAAAUUUCUGACCGGGGAAGCUAAAAGUUAUAAAGAUAUAUUUACACAUUAUAGUUCUGAUACCAAAACUGCCUUUUUGAAGAAAAAUCAGAGCGCAGAAAGGUACUUGGAGGAUGUACGAAAUACUGCUUGGUCUGAAUCAUUUCUUAAGACGUGUAAAACAAAAUCGAAAGAAGAUCGUUUAUCCUUUGGCUUGAUGUAUUUUGAAAACAUGACAGAAUUAAUCGAUUUCGCAUUUGACACCCAGCAACUCCUCUCUAAAGUCUUAAUUGGGAAAUUAUUGGACAUAAACAAAAACGCCGAAUUUCAGUUCCACGUAUAUCUCACUGUUCAGUUCAUCGUUAUUAUUGUGAGCAUCAUUUUAACAAUAUGGUAUAUUCUGUGUAUCGGUGACAUGACGCUGGAAAUAACAAACAAUGCCGUAGAGUUAGAAUGCAAGUCCAAAGAGUUAGCUGCGGAGAGGGAGGUGACAGAAAGUCUCAAAUACCAAUGGAUACCGAAGAACCUUAGAAAUACAGGAACUGUCAAUGCCGAAAGCUUUGAAAAUGUCACAGUUUUCAUGAGCGACAUCGUAAAUUUUACGGAACUGGAAACCAGAAGUUCGGCUAAACAGAUCAUUAAUUUACUUAAUGAUUUAUAUGGAUUGUUUGACAGGGAAGCAAAAAAAUACGAUGUCCAAAAAAUAGAGACACUCGGAGACUCUUACAUGGUUGCUAGUGGAGUACCUGAAAGAAAUGGCAAUGCGCAUGCGUUGCAUAUUUGCAAUUUGGCCCUUGUUCUUCAAGAAAUAAUGAAAAGAUACCAAGUUCCUAGAACAUUUGAAAGACUUGAAAUUGUUAAAGUUCGGAUCGGAAUCCAUUCAGGUCCGUGUGCAGCUGGACUUCUUGGACUUAAAAUGCCAAGAUAUUGUUUAUUUGGGGAAACAGUAAGCAUGGCGAAAAGAUUGAAAUCUGCCGGAAGAGGAGGGAAAAUCCAUGUUAGUAGCAAGACGUUCCAAUUAAUCAAAGGUUUUUGCCAUUUUAAAGCCUUUGAAAGAGGAAAUAUCAAAGCAAAGGGACGGAGACCAGUGAAGACCUAUUGGCUUGAAUCCUCAGCUCAGUAA